AUGCAGCAAUACGGCACAACCCCCCGUCAGGGGAUAUCCAAAUGGUGGUGCAUCAGCUUCUUCAUCGCCGCCGUCAUCUUCUUCAUCAUCGGCGGUGCUCUCAUGGGCACCUAUCUCAACUCGAGCUACUCUAGCUGCUACUCUAGCUCCUACUCCUACUACAGCAGCUACGACUACUCCUGCCUGGAUGGCAACAUGGGUGAAUGGUAUGGCGGUAUUGCCAUGAUCGCUCUCGGCGGUGUCUGCAAGUUCAUCGCCUGGGUUCUUCUCAUCGUCUUCUGCGUGCAACGCCGUCGCUUCAUCCAAACAAACAUCACUUACGUUAAUGCCCCGACUGCUCCCAUGGAGCCUGUCUCCCAGCAUGGCUACGUUGCUCCUCAGCCUACCUACCCUGCUCAGCCUGCUGCUGCUCAGUUCCCUCACUCGCCUGCCAGCCCGGCCCCCUACCCGGCCAGCGUUGGCACUCCCCCUCCUAACAAGGAGGCUACUGCCACUGCCUUCAGAUACUGUGGCCAGUGCGGUACUGCUGUUUCAAGCCGUUUCUGCCCUCAGUGUGGUACCGGCAACUAA